CAAACAUGUAAUUUGAAAGUUGCAAAUAAGGUUCAGUACACAUGCUUAAAUUUAAGAUUGAAAAAGGGUAUACGGGAUAACAAAAUGUAUACGGUACAACCUGAAAAAGGGUGUGAUGCAGUAACAGAAUAGAUAAAAAGACAAUGAUCAAAGAAGAGAAUGAACGGAUUUAUAACUAAAAGCCCCAUAUAUCAACAACGUCUUUACAUCAUUAAUAGAAGUGGAAGCGGGGAUGCUAGUUUCCUCCUUUUAACUCCCGACAGGUCGGAAAUAAAGAACUAUCAAAUCAAGACUGAUCACUGGAGCGCAUCCACUGGAAUUUCGAACUUUGGGGUCGCAGUCCAUAAGAACUUUUUGUACAUAAUAGGAGGGUUUGAUAUAAAUAAGGCUGUCGCCAUAAGAAAAGUUUCUAGGUAUGACCCGUUAUCGGGAGUGUGGGUAGAUCGAACACCGCUUGUUGCAGCUAGACAAAAGUUUACAGUUUCAGUAUUUGAAAACAAAAUAUUUGUUAUUGGUGGUGAAGGGGAUGAUGGGAAAGUUUUGUCUUCAAGUGAAAUUUACAAACCGGAAGAGGAUUUAUGGGAAGAAGGACCGAAACUAAUAUCACCACGUUCUAAUCUGUGUAGUGUUGUAUAUCAAAACGAAAUUUAUUGCGCUGGUGGGUGCUAUGGAGGGAAAUGCCACAAAAGUUUCUGGGUUUUUGAAAAGAAUAAAUGGAAAGAGUUAGAUCGUGAUUAUCCUCAAAGAUUACCCCAUAGCUUAGAUAGAUUUUGUUUUGUUUCCCAUGGACGAAAUCUGUAUUUUAUUGGAGGAGUAUCGUCAAAAAUGGAGAAAGCAAGCGGUAAAUAUAGAUUCAUGACAGAGAGGAGGAUGCAUUCAUACACUACAAGUGUGUCUGCUUUAAGUAGGACAGAACAUGGGACCGAUAUUGUUGGUGAAAUGAUUUCUCCUUGGCAUAACCAGUUACCAGCAAUGACCUAUGGAAGACACAGCGCUGGUGCUAUAGUAGUAGGAGAUAGAAUCUACGUGUUUGGAGGCUCAUUAAUGGAGACAGGACAGGCCGUUCGUAUUGUUGAAUACUACAGUAUAUCACGAGGUCAGUGGCAAGAAGACUUUAGAUUUCGAAAAGGAGAUGUUUCAAAUGUUACUUGUGCAAUAUUAGAGGUUCCUACUAAAUUAGAGGAGGAAAAUCUUAAUGAAAAACUGCGAUGGGUAAUGUGGUAGUACUACGAAUGAUUAGAUACGUGUUCAAUAUAUACUCGGAAUUUAUUCGGAAACAGAGAUUUUGCAUUCCAAGAAUCAUCAUGUGUUGUAAUUUAAAUCCUUUGAAAAACAAACAAACAAAUUCCAUUUGUGACAACAAAAACUGAAUGUUUCAUUCUUGCUUGGUUAAUGGUUUUUUUUUUUAAUUUUAGGUUUAGGUAGAUGAUCGGAUCGUUUUUACAAAUUAUAUACAAAUACUUGUUUCAGUAAGUCUCUUUGCCCAUUCCGUAAUUGACCCUGUAAUAUAAUUCUAUUUGUACGAGUUAUUGCCCUUCAGAGGAUCAACAAGGAGCUACCGGAAAAGCAAAUUUACGAAGCACUUUUGAUAUCGAUAGUUAUUUUUAAUAAACAUUUGUUGGAACGCUUAUAAAUCACAUACAACUUAUGCUUUAGAUGAGCAGCAAAUCAGUUUGUCUGGUUUAGGUCAAUUUACAGUAAAUGGGUUGUCCCAGAUUUUGGUCAAAUACUGUAAACAGCUGAUAAACGUUGUUCGCCGAUGUAUCUGCUUUCUAUUCAAAUGUACAUCUAUUUCGAAUAAUUUCAUUCAAUAAUAUUUCAGAAAUUGUAUUAAUUUUUUUUCGGUUUUCAGUUAUAAUAGUUCAACUUGCAAAAGUUUUAUGCAAAAUUUUACCAAAAUAUGUGACAUAACAUAUUUAAUGUACCAGUUUAUAAUGGUAAAGCGAUUCAACUCGUGUAAAGAGUGUGUAAUUAUAGAACCAAAUCGGUAAUGGGCAAAUAGACUAAUGUAACAGAAAUUCAUUCGCUCAUUCGAAAAAAAAUCUUGCCAAUAUUGAUCUGAAUAAACAUUUGAAAAAACUCGACAAGAUAAGAUAUGGCCAAUAUUUGACCUUUUAUGUUUUAAAUAGUUUUCAUUUCUAAUAUUUUUGCAAUUUAAUGCCAUUGUGAUCUUUUUGAUUGUGUGUACGUUCUUUUUCUUAAAUUGUGUCGGCCAAUGUACGAGGGUCUGGAAUGGGGGCCUUCAGUUAUGUAAUUUGUUAAGCCGUUUUUCUCUAUUCUUUUUAAAUUUUGCCAAAUAUUCUCUAUUCAUUAUAUUUUAGCACCUCAUUAUUCUCCAUUCUUUUAUUUUUUGGGCCUAUUUUUCUCUUCUUUAUUUUUUCGCCAUUUAUUCUGCACUUUUUGCCCAUUAUUGUCUAUUCUGUAAACCCCAUCCAGACCCGCAUGUACAUUUAUGACUAUGUAACGGGAGAUAAUCCAAACACUGAAGUCCUGUCAACUGAAAUCGUUUAUUCGAGGUUUUGUUUUCAAGAAAUCAUAACAUAUAAUAUAACAAUUAAGAAAAUUCGGAGAAAUAAGUCAAUAUCUGUAAUGUUAGUCACUAUAUGUAUGUUAAAUGCAAUUUUGAAAUUUGUAGCUGUUUAAUAUACAUGUAUAUAGUUUUA